AUGUCGCUUCUCAAAGGCCGCAAUGUCGUCGUCACAGGUGCCACUCGGGGGAUUGGACGUGGCAUAGCCAUUGGCUUGGGUGAGCAAGGUGCCAACGUUUACAUCACCGGUCGUACCAAGGGUCCUGGUCCGGGUUCCUUGGAGGAGAUCGCAGAGCGAAUCAGAGAAGUCGGCGGCAACUGCGACUAUUUCGUCGUGGACCAUUCGGAUGAUAAGCAAAUUGAAGACCUUUUUGCCCAGCUAGCCACUCGUCUUGCAGCGGAUGGAUCCAAAUUGGACUUCUUUGUCAACAACGCCUACUCAGCUGUGCACUUCCUCACGAGUUCCGCUGAGGUUCCAUUUUGGAAGAAGAGCGUAAAAAACCCAUCCGUCCCAGAUCCAGACUCCAACCCGGGAGACUAUUGGGAUUGCGUCAACGGCGUAGGGCUGAGGAACAAUUUUAUAUGUUCCACACGCGCUAUUCGAAUGAUGGAGCCGCAUGGAAGCGGCAUGAUCAUUAACAUCACAUCUUGGGGUGGUAUGACCAGCUUAUUUGAUCCGGUUUAUUCUAUUGGCAAGCAAGCGAUUGACCGCAUGGCUGCGGAGCUCGCACUUGCUGCACCGGAGGGCGUCAAAUCCAUUGCAUUCUGUCCUGGCUUCGUGACCACAGAUGUCUUGCUUGAGGUAGCCACAAAAUUAGCGGAAGAAGCACAACGCCAAGGCCAAGACCAACAACCAGAGAUUUUGCCGCUCUGGAAUGCUGAGUCCCCUCGUUUCGUGGGCAAGGUCCUCGCUGCUCUGCUCACGGAGAAGGGGGAGCCUCUCUGGGACAAAAUGAACGGCAAGGUGGUCAUCGCCGCAGAGGUUGCUGACGUUCUUGAUGUCACUGAGGACGACGGCUUCAGACCACUUUCGUUUAGGUCUAUUAGGUACUUUUUAAUGUCACAGGUCGGCUUCUUAAUCCAUUCUCCAUUAAGACUGCUUAUCCCCCGGACUUUGAAAGCUUCGUGGCCAGCUGUACGGUGGGGAGCUGGGGCGGCGAAGUACUGGAACUAG